AUGACAAUAUGGAAAACUGACUUGCCUGCGGGGAGGAGGGCAUGCCCGCUUGCUUCCUGGAUCAUUGCCGCCGCCGCUGCUGUCGCUGUUGCUGCUGGAACGCCGCACACGAGGCAAGGGCCAAGACAUCUGGGAGAUCUGCCCGGGAAGAGGGACCCAUGA